CGUAUACGUUGCUUCGGAUCCACUCCUCUUACGGGAGUGCACGUAGCAGCUCACCCUGCCUUCACAUGCCACCCCUGCGUUUUCGACAUCUUCCUCAGAAAAGAACCAAGGGCUUAAAUAUCCUUAAUCACAGUCCAUUUCUUGCACCACUGCCCCUCCACACUUCUUUGACAAGCUCACAAUGCUCGAAUCGACAACAUCGCCGGCCACGCCCCCCACACCGCCGGGAUCGCCGGUCGAUGCCGCCACGCCGUCCCUUGUGUCGGCAUUGCUGCGAGGCUCCGUGCUGUUCCUCGCCUUCCUAGCCAUCCAGGUCGUGCUCUUCAGGUCCCUCCUCAGCUUCCCCAGCUCCCGCUUCCUCCCGGUGCCGGGCCGCAGCAACACUACCUGGGCCAACGGCGCGGUUGACGCCGCCGCGUGCAAGGCGGGGCUCAUCUACGUCUACGACCUCCCGCUGGAGUUCAACCACGACCUCAUCGACGAUUGCGAGAGCCUGUGGCCGUGGUACUCCUUUUGCCCGUACCUAACCAAUGGCGGCUUCGGCCAGCCGGGUGCCACGUUGCCCGUCUUUUUCAACGUCACACCGAACGCGUCGCUGCCCAGCUGGUACAACACCGACCAGUUCCCCCUCGAGAUCAUCAUCCACCGCCGCCUCCUCUCCCACCAGUGCCGCACCACCGACCCGUCGCUGGCUACCGCGUUCUACGUGCCGUUCUACGCCGGCCUCGACGUCGGCAGCCACCUGUGGGGGGACAACUCCACCGUUGCUGACCGCGACAGGGCAGGCCUACGGCUGCUCCGGUGGCUCAAGAACCAGACGUCGUUCCAGAGAUCCGGCGGGUGGGAUCACUUCAUCACGCUGGGGCGCAUCACGUGGGACUUCCGCCGGUACGGCGACGACGGGUGGGGCACCAACUUCGUGGUCAUGCCGGGGAUGGAGAACGUCACCCGCCUCGUCAUCGAGGCCGACCGGCUCGACCCCAUGGACGCGGGCGUUCCCUACCCGACCGGCUUCCAUCCCCGCGCCGCCGCUGACGUGCGCGCGUGGCAGCGGUACGUGCUCUCCCGCGCGCGCAGCAAGCUCUUCGGGUUCGCCGGCGCGCCACGCGCCGGAUUCCGGGACGACUUCAGGGACGUGCUGCUGGAGGAGUGCGAGGACGCCGGGCGCGAGUACUGCCGCUCUGUGGACUGCCGCGGCACGAGGUGCACCGACAACGGCGUGGCGGUGCUGGAGCUGUUCCUGGACUCCCGGUUCUGCCUGCAGCCGCGCGGGGACAGCUUCACGCGGCGGUCGCUGUUCGACUGCAUGGUGGCCGGCGCGGUGCCGGUGCUGUUCUGGCGGCGGACCGCGUACGACCAGUACAGGUGGUACCUGCCGGCGGGGUCGCGCGGCGAGGAGAGGGAAUGGUCGGUGUUCAUCGACCGGCAGGCGCUGCGCGUGGGCAACGUGAGCGUGCGGGAGCUUCUGGAGGGGUUCAGCGAGCGGCAGGUGCGGGGGAUGCAGGAGCGCGUGGUGGAGAUGAUCCCGAGGCUUGUGUACGCGUCGUCAUCCGACGGGCUCGGCGACGGCAUGGUGGAUGCGCUGGACGUGGCGCUGAGCGGCGUGCUGAAGCGGUUCCAACGGCGUCGGUGGAGCAUUGCGCGUGAAGAUCGUCCACCAGGCCCUUUCGGCGCUCGGCGCGUCAACGACAAAUCGACGGCCUAAAUAGAUCGGCAACGGCGAUUAGUCGGGACGUCUCAGGGGAGAAAUCGUCAGGUAACUCUUCGUCAUACAUAAAAACCGUCCUCUCCGAAUCACCGGCAUCAGGAAGCAAUAGUUUGCAGAUAUCCUGAAGUAUAAC